AAAAUUUCAAGAUCACUCCUCUCUUAGGCUCUCUAGUAUCCUUGAAUGGUUCAGCUUUUGGGGCUCAUGCGAGAGCCAUCGGCUUCAAAUCACGUCGCAAACACAUCGGUUGGAAGUGACCAAGGGAUGGCAGAGAGGAGAAACAGCAACGGAGGAGACAUUGUUAUCAAUGUUCCAGAGAAAGAAGUAUCUAAAGAUCCAGCAUCAUCAUCACCUUCUUCCCAUGUACCGGCUUCACCAAACUCAUCAGAGACGGUGACAACCAAACUAGAGCCGUUAAGCAUUCCACUUCCUUUCCCUGGAAGCGCUCAUAAGCCGCCAAAGAUUCCAAGUCCUAUCACUGAAGGUCUAACUCGGAGGAGAUCUCUUUCAAGAUCAGUUUACUCCAAGUCCAACUCAAGGUUUGGUCAACAACAGUCUUUUCAUUUCGACAAGACUAUAGUGGAAGAAGAUUGUAGAACCCCUAUUGGUGCAAAGCCUUCUUUUAACAAGGCUUCCUCUAGUAACAAAUCAAGUAGAAGCACUACUAGCUCAGCAGCCGUGAGUAGAGUUGAUGAUGACGAAAAAGAUGAACAUGAAGAGAUCUAUAAAAGGGUUAAACUACACCAAGUGAAGCGUAGAGGAAUAAGACCUCUAGCUCUUCUUGAGUUGCUAGUCUUUGUGGCUAUUCUAUGCACUUUGGUUGUGUGUUUAACCAAUGGUUCGGUGAAGAAGCAUCGCAUUUGGGGUUUAGAAGUUUGGAAAUGGUGUGUCCUUGUGAUGGUGACGCUUAGCGGCAUGUUUGUGACAAACUGGUUCAUGCAUUUCGCGGUGUUCAUCAUAGAAAGAAACUAUCUCCUACGUAAAAAGGUGUUGUACUUUGUGCAUAGUUUGAAGAAGAAUGUUCAAGUCUUCAUCUGGUUUGGUUUGAUUCUAGUUACUUGGGUACUUCUCUUCGAAGAUGACGAUAAACACUCUCGUAAGGCCAAGAAGUUUCUCAACGCUAUAACGUGGACACUCGUAACCCUUCUCGUAGGGUCAGCCAUUUUCUUGGUGAAGACGUAUGCUUUGAAAGUUCUUGCUUCAAAGUUCAACGUGAGAAACUUCUUUGAGAGAAUUCAAGAGUCUGUCUUUCAUCAGUAUGUUCUCCAGACUCUCUCCGGACCUCCGCUUAUAGAAGAGGCAGAGAGAGUUGGACGUGAGCCAAGCACUGGACACCUUAGCUUCACUAGCAACAAUGGAACGGUGGAAGAGAAGAAGGUUCUUGAUAUGGGUAAAGUUCACAAGAUGAAACAAGAGAAGGUCUCUGCUUGGACAAUGAGAGUUUUGAUUGAAGCUGUGGGAGCUUCAGGUCUCUCAACCAUAUCUCACACUUUGGAUGAGAGUAGCAAUCGGAAAAAGAAAUCAGAUAAAGAGAUUACUAGUGAGAUGGAGGCUGUGGCUGUAGCUUAUGAUAUUUUCAACAAUGUUGCUCAGCCAAACUCGAGUUACAUAGAGGAAGAUGACUUGCUGAGGUUCAUGAUUAAAGAGGAGGUAGACCUUGUACUCCCAUUAAUAGAAUGUUCUGAGACCGGAAAAAUCACACGUAAAGCUUUUACAGAAUGGGUGAUUAAAGUUUACACAAGUAGGAAAGCUUUAGGGCACUCACUGAACGACACAAAAACAGCGGUUAAACAAGUGGACAAGAUUUUAAGUGGAGUCUUGUCCGUUGUCACCUUCAUCAUUUGGUUGCUACUUCUUGAUAUUGCAACGACCAAGUUUUUGUUGGCCUUCUCCACACAGUUCGUGGGUCUUGCUUUCAUGAUCGGAAGCACUUGCAAAAAUAUGUUCGAAUCAUUUGUGUUUGUCUUCGUGAUGCACCCUUAUGACGUCGGUGAUCGUUGCAUUAUCGACGGCGUUGUAUUGUUGGUGGAAGAGAUAGAUCUUUUAACUACCGUGUUCCUCAAGAUUGACAACGAGAAGGUGUUCUAUCCAAACGCAACUUUGAUAUCAAAACCGAUAAGCAAUUUUUACAGAAGUCCAGAUAUGGGAGACAACAUACUAUUCUCCAUCGCAUUCUCAACUCCGGCCGCGAAAAUUGCCACUCUCAAGCAAACUGUAUCAGAAUAUUUGUUGCAGAAUCCACAAAAUUGGUAUCCAAAUUUCCUUUUCUUGGUGGAUGCGAUAGAGAACGUGAACAAGCUGAACUUGAAUUUGAUUGUCACACACACCAUCAACUUCCAAAACUUCGUGGAGAAGAGGCUUAGGAGAACGGAGCUGGUCAUCGCGGUUAAGAAAAUGCUCGAGGAUCUUGAGAUUGAUUACACCUUACUUCCUCAAGAUGUUCAUCUCAUUGGUCACAAAUGAUCAUUUCCUUAUUUCCUUUUAGCAUGUAUUAAUUCCACUUGUAUUUGUUAUUACCGCAUGAUUUUCUUUGGUUUAAUUGAACUCAUGAAACUCGGUUUAUGUUUUUUUAGUAUGGAUUUAAACCAUUAAUCACUAUUAAGUGAAAUAACUUGAUUUCUAGAUUUGGUGUGGACAAUUUACUAAUAACACAGGUGAAAAUAUUGAUAAUGAAGAUGGGUCUUUCUUAGUAAGCAACAUAGUUUUCUUAACCAAACUAAACUGUAACUUGAGGAACAAGCAAACGAAAUCCCAAGCAAUGUAGAAAAAAGAGACUGGUUCUUGAGCGAGGACAUGGGUUUGAAGUUGAACCGGUUCUUCUUCAAGUAUGCCGGUAUGCCACACCAUGACCAUGAAUGAAUCUCGCGUUCUCUUCGCUAUAAACUUCCGUCUCCUUCUCCAACCUGCUCAAAUUCAAAUUUAAGUUUUGUAAGUAAACCAAAUGGCAAUAAACAAAUAUAAAGAGAGGAGACAAUGGAAAUUACGCGAGAGAGAUGGUCUUGUUGAGAGUAGCAGCAGAGAGGAAAGAAGGAGCAUUUAGA